AUGAAGCAGACUAAACUUACAUUUAAAAAGGAACCGAAGAAGAAGAAGCCAACGUUUAGCGGCAGCGAGUCUGAAGACUUGUCAGGGUCUGACGUGGAGAUGGCGGCUCCAGCUGCUCCCAGGGAGAGGACUUCCACGAGACGAGCUGCUACCAAGGUCCAAAAAUACACAGACGGCUCAGAUGAUUCCAAAUCUGAUUCGGAACCGGAACUAUUAGAUAACAAACUAGAGUCGGACAACGAACAACCGCGGAGGGCCAUUUCACUCAGCGACGACGACGAUGACUUCAAUGUCAAGAACAACGCCAAUAAGAAGCCCGCGGAGAUGGACUCAGAUUGUCUAUUUGAUUCCCUGAUAGAAGAAACAAAGAAAGAAGUGAAUAAAAGUUCAGAUAACAUAGAGAGUGAAGAUGAAGCUCCGAAGAAGAAACCCGGUAAAAGGAAACUGUUGACGGUCAAAGAACCGCCUAAAAAGAAGGUUAAGCCAACCAUUAGCCUGGACAGCGAUGAUGAUGACAGCAUAUUUGAUACUAAGAAGGAUAAGAAGAAGCCAGCAGCUAAAAAGCCUGUCAAGAAGAAGAAAGAGUCGAGCGACGAAGAAAGUGAUGUCUUAUCGCCGAGUCCGCCUCCACGAGCCAACAACAGAGCCAGGCCCAAGCAGAAGUACAACUUCAGUGAUGGCUCUGAUAGUGACUGA